GAGGAAUCUAAUAUAGGCAGUGAGAGGCACACACACAGCAAUAUGUAGCAUGUUGUCUGUCAUCUUGCUCAUCAACUGGGUAUUAUAGCAAGUUCAUAUUAAAAGAUAUGAACUAUUCAGAUUCGUCGGCAUAUAUUCGCAACGGGAAAUCUUAGCACUGUUUUUGCCACUGAAUGAAAGCAGACGACAUAAAUUAAAUGGCGGACGGCUACGAAUUUACUAUAACGUUUAAGGGAUCUGAAGCCCUCUUCCACGCGGGUGACAAGAUUCAAGGUUAUGUAACAUUGAAAUUGACGGAUAUGUUAGCCAUUAAAGGUAUCGAAUUAGUUUUAUAUGGCUAUGGGAAGAUCUUCUGGAAGCAACAGUCAGCUGCUAAAGGAGACAACAGCCAAACGAAUUAUGAAGCGUCUGAGACUUACCUUGCAGAGCACCUCUGGCUUUGGGGAGAUUCCCCAUCGGGUUUUGCAGUCCCCGAAGUUCUCUCCGCUGGUACCCACGAUUUUCCAUUUAGUUACGAAUUGCCAUCAGACUUGCCUUGUUCUUUCACUUCACAGCAUGGCCGGAUCUCCUAUAGUGCCAGUGCUAUACUCUGGAUGCCCAAUAACAUGAAGUUGAAAACUACAGCACCACUUUUGAUCCUAAAAGAUCUAGAUCUAAGCAUGGAGCCAUUUGUAUUGGACGGUAUCAAAGAUGCCAAGGACGUGUCUUGGGAAACGGCGUGCUUUACGUGUAGGCUGAUGAAAUGUUGUGCAAAAACAGAUCGAAACGGGUUCGUGCCAGGAGAGGUCAUUCGAGUUUGGGUUCAGGUGGAUAAUCUCACUUCAACCAGAGUUUACGUGCGAGGAUUAUCUGUUGAGCUAAAACAGAUUUUAAUAUACGGUACAAAUCCAUUAAAUGUCUGCUCUGCCUCACACAAGACUAUAGCAGUAGUGACAAGACACCAGGAAGGACGAAGACAAAAAGUUAAACGCCUGCACAGUUUUGCGUGGAAAAGCGUAUUUCUGCGCAUCCCACCGCUGCCACCAUCACGACUCGAUGGCUGUCGAUUUCUAAAUAUAAAAUACGAAAUAACGGUCAAAUUCAAUGUCCACGGAAAAACGAUGCAAUUAACAUUACCAGUUCUUAUUGGGACUUUGCCUCAUAGAAAUACUGAAAUUUACAAGACUGGGAUCUUGGCCUAUGAAGAAGGUUUUCAUAUGCCAGAGGGCCGCGAGGAGCACGAAGUGAAACUGUGCGAGUGUGAAAAUGGAGACGUGGAUGAAAUACACCCUGGUUACCGGCUUCUCCCUCGAUACAGAAUAUACCGUCACAUGCGUACCACAAGUAACGACACCCUCAUAUAUAGCCUUGAAAGCAGUCCGCAGCCUUUCCGCAAGCACGAGUCUUGGGUGGAAUACGAAAAAUGUACAAAUCGAGAAUCGUUGGUGUAAUUCUUCAUGGGACUGGCCUUUCGUGUAUUUAUUUGGUUUAAGCGUUAGGCUAUAUUUCCGGUAGUAAAUAUGUACUUUUUUAGACUUAUACUUUUUAUAUAAGUAUAGUGAUUAUUAUUAUUUAAUAUUGUUAUAACUGAUUUUUGCAAGAGUCUUAAAUUUUUCAACAGAAUGAAAAGUAUUUAAAUAACUGGGGAUUUUAUUUUUCUCUGUCCGGAUAUUUUGUCCUUCAACACAGUAUGUGAAGUAUGGCUUUCUCUGUGAUACCUUGUUUAA